UGCUCAUUGUGUUAACACGGGAAGGUUAUUGUGUGUGAUAUUUAAGCUGCGGAACAAAAUUAGUUUGUGAAAAUUUUGAAACAUAUUUUUAUUAUAUAUAAAAGGAAUUUCAAUACAAACUUGAAUAGAAUUGAAAUACAUAAAACUAUUUUUGAAAAGAAAAAUCAAUUAGAAAUACAAAAUUUGUUUAUUUGGUUAGAAAAUUGUGAGAAAUGUCGAACGUAGAAUCAUCUACUGCUGCUAUGCAACAGCCGCCGUCCUCUACUAGUCACCUAAAUCCAGUAGGAGCAGCUGAAAUGUUGCCCGAAAAUGCUGGCCAAAUGCCUCAACAGGAAACUGUUGGUACGGCUGGGGGGCCCAAUAGUGUUGGACAAUUACGCAGCAGUAGCGUAAAUCUUAAUAGUCCUAAUGGUGGAGGCUCUAAUUUAGUUAUAAAUGAGCAGGGAGGCAAUGGCAAUAAUGAAAUAGACGCAAGUGAACCACCUACAAAGAAACCUAUGUUAGAUCACCCUAGCACUUCAUCAGGUGGGCACGAGAAACUAGAGUAUCGUUUAGGUGGCAUAUUAUGUUGUGCCGUAUGUUUAGACUUGCCGCGUACUGCAAUGUAUCAAUGUCAGAUGGGUCAUUUAAUGUGCGCUGCAUGCUUCACACAUUUGCUAGCAGAUGGACGUUUACGUGAUCAAAUAGCUACAUGUCCUAAUUGUCGCGUUGAGAUAUCUAAAACUACAGCCUCCCGCAAUCUAGCGGUCGAGAAAGCUGCAUCCGAGCUGCCAAGUGAAUGUCAGUAUUGCAAUAAGGAGUUCCCAUACAAAUCGCUUGAACGCCAUGAAGUACGCGAGUGCCAAGAAAGGCCCACCAACUGUAAAUAUGCACGUAUUGGUUGUCAAUGGCGUGGACCAUAUCAUGAAACCACCGAACAUGAACGCAAUUGUUUACAUCCAUCAAAGAAAGGAUUCGAGAUUAUGGCUGCUUUGGAGGCUCAUGACGCAAAAAUUAAACAGGAGAAAACUGUUUUUAAUACUUUGAUUGAUCUUCUCAGUUAUGAAAAGAUCAUUUUUAAUGAUCUUCAAAUGAAACCAUAUCGUACUGAUGAGUAUGUUCAUAAAUUAUUUUAUGAAACUGCAAGGUUUUCGGCUUUUAAUCAUCAGUGGGUGGUUAAGGCUCGCAUAAAUAAUAGCCAGCGAGAUCCACAUCAAUCUAAUGAAAGAACUGUCACUUAUCAGCUUAUAUUGAAGACAAAAACUACCACACCUUUAAGCAUCCAUUUCUUUGCACUCCGGGGUCCAUUUUCUGAUAUGAAGGUAGCAACACAAAUUUAUCGUCAUGAUUUUACUGAUCAGUGUACAGAAAGUGACUAUUAUGUACUCCCAUUACCGGAUAGUUCGGAAUGUAACCGUCUUUUAUCAAAUAAGGGCAUCAACUUUAGGCUCUUAAUGUUUCUCCUGAAUAAAUUGCGUAAAUGAACUAACCAUAAAAUGAUUCCGCAAAAUUGAGAUAUAAAUAAAACUGACAGAAAUCGUAUAUACGAAAUGGAAAUCAACUUUCAGCUUUUAAUAAUACAUGGUUGAAAAUUGAAAAGAAAGCAAAGAACAAUUAAAAAUAUUUUAAAAAG